AUGUUCGAGGACAAGGAGAGUACAAAUUGGUGGCUCCUGGUGCAAGCAGAGCCAGUGGGAUACUGGACAACCACCCUGUUCACCAGCUUGAGUCACCGGGCUGAGGCGUUGGCUUGGGGAGGCAAGGUCAUAAACUCAGCUCACAUGGGAGCACAUGGGCAACACACGCAGACAGACAUGGGUAGCGGUCAUUUCCUUCCGAUGGGUAACCUGAGGGCCAGUUUCAUCAGAGGUAUCCAAGUUAUAGAUGACAAGUUUUUCACUAGAAUACUAUGGUUUCUGGUGCCAAAUAUAACGAACAAAAAUUGCUAUGACGAGAAUGAGGGAGAAGUGUCUGCUGACUGGGGCUGGUUUUUAUACUGUGCGGGGUCUGGAGGGUGGCUUGACUGUAAAUGA